GCAACAUUGAUGUUACGUCUUCGGGACUUUCAAUGACAACGGUGAUUCACAGAUACAAAUACUUCAAAAGUACUGGCUAUUGUAAUAAAUAGUGCGUUCGUCCCAAACUUAAUUUUAUUGUUUAUUUAUCAGUGAUAGGAAUAAGUGCAUCGGUAUUGUAAAUCAGUAAUAACAAUUACACCACGAGCAUAAAGAAUUGUACCAGACACAAGAUAAACAAUUUCUGUAAGAAUGUCAUCAUCCGUCACUUCCGUCAGUCAUCUACCAGAAAAAAUGAAGCACCCGCUGAAAGACGAGUGGAGUUUCUGGUUGUUUAAGGGUGACAAGAAGAAUUGGGAGGACAAUUUGGUGGAACUGAACAGUUUCAACACCGUCGAGGAUUACUUUUGCCUCUACCACCACAUGAAGUUGCCUUCCGAACUAAAGCUGGGCCAGGACUACAUGAUAUUUAAGAAGGGCAUCCAACCAAUGUGGGAGGAUUCCCAUAACAAGAACGGGGGUCGUUGGUUGAUCAUGUUGGAUCGAAUGACGACUGCACACAUGGAUUGCAUUUGGGCUGACACGGUGUUAAUUUUAAUUGGAGCUACCUUGGAGCACACUGACGAAAUAAGCGGAGUUGUCGUCAAUAUUAGAGAUAAAAAUAAAAUCUCUGUCUGGAUGAAGACUAACCAUCCCGAUCCAGUUCUUGAGGUGGGUAGGAAGCUGAGAAAGCAGUUCAAGAUACCGUACAAAUUCAAUUACUAUAAGCACAAUUCUACUAAAUCUAUGUACUCUAUGUAAUCUAUACUUUAUAAUAGUAUAAAGCUGAAGAGUUUGUUUGUUUGAACACGCUAAUCUCCGGAACUGCUGGUUCAAAUUGAACAAUUAUUUUUUGUUGGUUAGUCGAUUUAUCAAGGAAGGCUAUAUACUAAACAUCAAGCUACGAUCUGUAGGAACAAAGCAGCCGGUAAAACUGCGCGAGAUUAGCUAGUUUAAAAUAAAAUUAGACUAGAAACUUUUGGCUUGUAUUUGUCGUAACGUGGUGUUUUAUAGUGUAUUAGCCUUCUUCAAUAGUUGUUUUAACACAAAAUAAUUGUUGAAUUCGAAUCAGCAUUUGCGGAGAGCGCAUUCAAGACAUUAGCGCGUUCAAUCAAACUAUCUCAUCAGUUCAGCAUAACUUUAGUAUAGUUAUAGCAUGUUAUGUUAGUUGCGUAUUGGAAUUAUGAAGCGAAAAAGUAUGGACGAGUACCUCAUAUAUUAUUAGUUACCUAUUAAGUGUAUUACUUAUUAGUUAUUAGGUCCUUAAUAUCCACAUGUCACAUAGGUAAGUGCUAGUAAUUACUAUUCAAAAAUAGACCGUAAUUUGUAUGAAGUACACAAGUACAAAUUG